AUGGACCCCGUGAGUCAGCUGGCCUCAGCGGGCACCUUCCGGGCACUGAAGGAGCCUCUUGCCUUUCUGCGAGCGCUGGAAUUGCUUUUUGCAAUCUUUGCAUUUGCAACAUGUGGUGGCUACUCCGGAGGCCUGCGGCUGAGCGUGGACUGCGUCAACAAGACAGAAAGUAACCUGAGCAUUGACAUAGCGUUUGCCUAUCCGUUCAGGUUGUACCAGGUGGCAUUUGAGGUGCCUACUUGUGAGGGAAAGACACGGCAGAAGCUGGCAUUGAUUGGCGACUCCUCAUCUUCAGCAGAAUUCUUCGUCACCGUGGCUGUCUUCGCCUUCCUCUACUCUCUGGCCGCCACCGUCGUUUACAUUUUCUUCCAGAACAAGUACCGAGAAAACAACCGGGGCCCACUCAUAGACUUCAUCGUCACCGUAGUCUUUUCCUUCCUGUGGUUGGUGGGUUCAUCUGCUUGGGCGAAAGGACUAUCUGAUGUCAAAGUUGCAACAGACCCCAAGGAAGUCUUGUUACUGAUGUCAGCUUGCAAACAGCCAUCCAACAAAUGCAUGGCUGUCCACAGCCCUGUCAUGUCCAGCCUGAACACUUCCGUGGUCUUUGGAUUCUUGAACUUCAUCCUCUGGGCUGGAAACAUAUGGUUUGUUUUCAAGGAGACUGGCUGGCAUUCCUCUGGACAGCGGUAUCUUUCUGACCCCAUGGAGAAACACUCCAGCAGCUACAGUCAGGGUGGUUACAACCAAGAUAGCUAUGGGUCAAGUGGUGGGUAUAGCCAGCAGGCCAGGUUGGAGCCAUCCUCAGAGGAGUUUGGCCAGCAGCCUAGUGGUCCUACUUCCUUUACUAAUCAGAUUUAA